GUAAUGCUGCUCUGCUGAGAAAACUUGAAGUCACCCUCAGCACGCCCCGAACCUGGCCCUGGGAGGAGCCAGCCCUUUAUAGGCACAGGGCCCCGUUAACACACCCUCUGCCUCCUUCCUUCCCCCCAUCCCUGCAGGCUCUGCUAAUGAGGGCCAGUCACUCACACCAGCGGCAGGCCUCUUCCUUCCCCAGCAGUCGUUCCACACGCCUGCCUUUCAAUUAGCUCCCACCUCCCGGAGCUCCUCACCCCACACCCACGGGGGCUGGGGGGCCAGGCCUGCCCGCAAGGGCGCAGGGCGUUGGGCUGUGGAGGAAGAGGUGGCAGCGUGGUGACACACAAGGCAGGGCUGCCCCAGACGGUCCCCAGAGGAAUGUUAGGCUCCCCGGUGCCCCGGGGCGUUGCCGCUGCCCCAAUCCCUGCCUGCGGAAGCUGCAAUUACCUCAGAGCACGAGACCAGCCUCCCACCUGACUGAGUCAGCCGAAGACAACAACACGUCUCCACCGCCACACACUGGCACAAACAGCCAAGCCACUAAUCAGUCUGGGAGCCAGCGGCGGAGAGGCCAGCCCCCGCAGGGCCAGGAGCCACCCCGGGUCACGCAGCAGCUGCCCUAGCUCCGGCUCCACGGAGUGGAGUGCUGUUUCUUCCUCCUGGGGUUUUUCCACUGCCCUAUCAAGUAACCAGGCCACUCCUGUCCCUCUGGGAAACUCCCGUCGCCAGGAACGCUCAGCUUUUUCGGCUCUCCUGGACUCGCGUACGCAGGUCCCUGCUGAGCAGAAACCCGGAGGCCUCUGCUUCUGCCAGCGAAGGCUGCCUCCCUGAUUCUCGCCGUUCACUGCUCCAGCGGGACCAGAUGGCCCCCAGCUGCCCUUGAACCGGGCUUCUGAGGUACCAGGCUUGUCUGCUGGCUCCCUGGGGCCCCAUGGAGAUCUGGCGGAAAGGCUCCUUCCGCAGCGCCUCCUUCUUCAAGCGGCUGAGCCUGCGGCGGCCGCGGAGACUGCGGCGACAGGGCAGCGUGCUCAGCCAGGCCAGCACGGCUGGAGGGGACCACGAGGAGUACAGCAACCGGGAGGUCGUCCGGGAGCUGCGAGGGAGGCCAGAUGGCCGGCGCCUGCCACUGUGGGGGGACGAGCAGCCCCGGGCCACCCUGCUGGCCCCGCCCAAACCCCCGCGCCUCUACCGAGAAAGCUCCAGCUGCCCCAACAUCCUGGAGUCCCCGUCCACCUACACUGCAACCUACUCUGCCACCCUGCCCUCCGCGCUCUCCGUGGCGGACGCCCUCUACCAAUACUCUGACGAGGACCUUUCGGACACGCCCCCCUUCCAGAGGACACCUGCUCCAGACCUCAGCGAUCCCUUCUUCUCCUUCAAAGUUGACCUAGGGAUUUCACUUCUUGAGGAAGUUCUACAGAUGCUGAGGGAGCAAUUUCCCAGUGAGCCCAGCUUCUGAAUGGGGGGAGGGUGGCCAGAGGUGGGUGAAAGAGCCAGAAGUCUGGGGACCCAGAGAAGGAAGGGACAGUCGUGGAUUAAGGUAGGGAUAGGAAUCCAGGUCCCUGCCUUCCCUCUGGGUCCUGAACAGUUCUCUGAGUCACCCCAGAGUGGAGGGACAGAGGUACAGAGGCAAGCUGGAAAUGUGAGGGGGACACCUGCUGGCAGGAGCCCUGAAGGCAGCUAGCUAGGCUGGGAAAGGAAGGCCACACCUGCAACCACAGGGACCAGGCAGAGGCCAGCAGAGAGGGAGGGAGGCAUAAGGGGUGAGUCCAGGAGCGGAGGACGUGCAGACUGGGCACGACAGAUGGGUGCCCUGCGCCAGCUCCCUCUGAAGCCACUGUCAACAGAACGAGGUUACAGGACAGGUCUGGGCAAAAGUGGUCCAAUCCAGGCUGGAGAGGAAAGUGGGAGACCUAAGGGGAGAGGGAUGAAACAGGCGUGACCUUGUACAGUAUGGUAGCCACUAGCUGCACGUGGCUGUUUAACUGAAAUUAAAUACAAUUAAAAAUUCAGCCCUCAGUCACACUAGCCACGUUUCAGGUGCUCGACAGCCACAUAUGACUAACGGCUACCACACUGGACAAUGCAGAGUGAACGUUAACAUCACUGGAGAAAGUUCUACUGGGCAGCACAGGCCUAGACCAUGGCCUGGGGCCUGGUG